AUGAGUUCUGCAACUUUCAGUGAAUUAUCACUAUUUUUUAUACGGUCUGAUCUGAAAACUGGCGAUGUAGUUUGGGCUCCCUAUCGACGUUUUCCAGAAUGGCCGGCGCUGGUUCGUUGUGUGUAUCCGAAAAAAGUCACCUAUACGUUUUUACCAAUUGACGAAAGCUCAAAUUUGAAGUCAUCAAUUUUCAGUUGCCCACCUCAGAAGCUUCGACUUUUAACUGGCAAUGAAUCCUUACCUGCUGGAGCAAAAAAUGAUAUGAAGGAAGCAUACAAAGCGGCACUUGAAAUAUUGAAAAAAAGUGGGCUUCUAGGUGCAGGUCAUCAGAUGUCAGAGGAGUUAGCAGCUUUUAAAACGAAUGAAAUCAACAAGCAGAGCGUUCUGGGUGAUCUUAUGAAGAAGACUAAAAAAGAUAGUGAUGCAGCAAGUAGCGGCGACACAGCAAGUAAUGCAAGCGCGCCGCACGUUUGGGGUAUAGGUGAAGUUGUCUGGCUUAGUAUGCCGAAUCAUUCGGAAUGGCCNGGUGAUCUUAUGAAGAAGACUAAAAAAGAUAGUGAUGCAGCAAGUAGCGGCGACACAGCAAGUAAUGCAAGCGCGCCGCACGUUUGGGGUAUAGGUGAAGUUGUCUGGCUUAGUAUGCCGAAUCAUUCGGAAUGGCCAGUUGUAAUACGUGAAUUGAAGAAGAAAUUUGCAAUGGUGGACGCUUUUCCACUCAAAUUUAAUUGUAAACCCGAGCGUUAUCCAUUAAGUGCUUGUCAGAAAUUUGAAUUGGCAGGCAAAAAUCUGGAAGCUGCCAUCAAAAAGGAACGAAAUUGCGAACUACGUAUGGCGCUUCAAAGUGUUAUGAAAUAUUUCAAACGCAGAGAACAAAUGAACAACAUAGAAAAAUCAGACACAGAGGAUAAUGAUAAUGCAAAGGUUGAUAUUGAAAAUGAUACACGGCAGGGACGUGACAGAAAAGGUAGAAGUACCACUGCUGGCUUGGAAGAGGAAUUGCAAUCUGCUGAUGGUGAAGCAGAAGCGAAAUUAGCUGGAAUGUUGAGAGAGGGAGAAAAUAAACGCGAUGGUAAGAGACGUUUGGAUAAAUCACCGUCUCCAGCAGCAAAAAGGCAGAAAUUUUCGGAUGUUAUGAAAGAUUUAGAAACUGAAUUAAGCGAAAAAUUGGAAAAUUUAUGUAAAGGUGAUUUAGCUUGGAUUAACCGAGCACGAAGUGGCCGUAUCGUCAAAUGGCCUAUUUUGGUUUUGAAAGUAGACAACGUUAAUAAAUCGUGUGUUUGCACUGAGCUGCCGUUGGAUGAUAUGUCAGCUAAUGCGGAAUGGUGUCUGAAUUCAGAAAAGACUCUCGUGGUGCAGUUGAAAAAUAUCUAUCUAUAUGACACAGUGGAAGCGAAAGUUGAUGAGAUCGACGACGAGGAAUUGAAAGCAGCUAUUCAGCAGGCUGAUGAAAUUGCUGAGGGCAGUUAUCAGCCUUUUGAUGAUGAACGGAACAGUUUUGAUAAGAACGGAAAUUCAAGCGUUCGAGAAAAUGGGUGCAAAGUUGCAUCAAGCAGUGUUUUGGCACCCAAGGAAAUUUUACGAUUAUGUAAAUCGGAAAUGUGUGCAAGACAUUUGAUGGCUAUUUGGACUGGUCAGUUCACAUGCGCACGUCAUGCUGGCUAUGAGCCGCCGGUUGUAGCACCGCUACACUUUGAAUUAAAUACUGGAGAUUUACUGCCGGAAAUGGAUGCGAUUAUAUUGGUUGAGCAUUUAGAUGCAACUGUUGCCAAAUUCAAGGAUGCGAUGAAAUCAUCACUGCGACGGCUCCAUUACGUUACUACAGUUGCAGUGCCGGAAGCAGUUGUUUUUGCCAUCACACAGAUCCGCUACUGUUCCGGAAGUGAGGCAAAUGAAAUUUUUGAAAAUGCGUUGCUAAAAACGGUAGAGAAGACUCCUAGCGAACCAAGUGAUGGAAUUGGCGCAACAACUGGUUUCGAGCAACUUCUGAAGGCAGCAUCCAAAGUGCGAUGUGCAACAUUAGGAAUGGAUUAG